AUGAAACCGCCCAGAUUCAACGGUGUGUUGAUCUCGGUGGCCGAAGGGGAGUCGGCUCGCGUCCUAACGACCGAGAUCGACUCCCUUUUGAGCAAAAGGGCAAUCAGAGUUGUUCCGGAGGCGGAAAGCCGUCAGGGUUUUACUCGGUACUUUGUGAUCCCGAAGAGAGGGCGCAUCUCUCCGUCCGAUCUUGGAUUUGCGUGUGUUAAACAGACACCUGAGAAAAUAUUCAUUCAGAAUGUUGACACACAAAGCACUCUGUCGGUCGAUCCGUCCAAGCGAUUGAGAGCAAGCGGUCAGAGAUGCGGAGGCGUAGUCACUCAUCUCUGCAGCUUGGGUUUCAAAAUAAACAGGGAAAAGAGCCGCUUGUGUCCCGCGCAGUGCGCGGAAUAUCUGGGACUCAGUAUAAAUUCCCUCUCUUAUCGAGUCACGCUGACAGAGAGGAGAAUCGCAUCUCUCAUUCAGUGUCGCUCCGUUUCGGGCUGGGUCUAUGGUCCCGUUCGAGUGUGCCUACGAAUGCUGGGUUUAAUGGCCUCAGUGAUUUCUGUGGUGCGUCUGGGACUUCUCAUGAUGAGAGAUUUUCAGAGAUGGGUCGCGCGGUUGCGCUUAUGUCCCCGACGUCAUCUCAAUCGGCCGGUAAAAAUAACACAUUCGUGCGUCUUAGCGCUCCGCCAAUGGGGAUGCCCCGCGACUCUUGAUCGGGGAUUCCCUUGGGGCGGUGUCGUCAUGAUUACUAUGACGACGGACGCGUCUUUGAAGGGCUGGGGUGCGACCCUUAUGGGCAGAGCUGUGAGCGGCGUGUGGCCACCACAGCUGAUCCCGAGACAUAUAAACUACUUGGAGUUGUUGGCAGUAUUUCUGGCACUGAAGCACUUUCUGCCUUUUAUAAAGGACCGACAUGUGUUGGUGAAAACAGACAAUUCCACAGUGGUCGCGUACAUCAACCGGCAGGGAGGGCGACUCAUGUUCCAGGCGUAUGGAACAGGGGUGCAGAUCUAUUGUCCAGGGGAAACCCUCUGUACGGGGAAUGGAAACUGCACACUCAGGUGGUGGAGCAGAUAUGGCAGAGAUACGGCCGGGCCAGAGAUCUCACGCCGCGAGAAAACGCCAGUGUCCUCUGUUCUUUUCUCUGAGGGACGAAGAUGCACCGUUGGGUGUGGAUGCGUUAGCCCACCCGUGGCCAAACGUUCUUCUCUACGCGUUCCCUCCACUGAGCUUGAUUUCCCCCACCCUGGCCAGGGUCAGAGAACUCAGCUUGUCACUGAUUCUGAUAGCUCCACGUUGGGCUUCCAGGCACUGGAUCGCAGAAAUAGUUCAGCUACUGUCGGAUCAGCCUUGGCCACUCCCUCCACGGAGGGACCUUCUGUCCCAGGCGGGCGGGGAGAUUUAUCAUCCGCACCCGGACAGAAUUGCUCUCUGGGCCUGGCCCGUGAGAGGUGGAACUUGAGUGUGGCUGGUUUGCCCCGGUCGGUUAUACACACUAUCCAGAGUGCCAGGGCCUCGUCUACUCGCACGCUUUAUGACAAUAAAUGGCGAGUUUUUGAGGAGUGGUGUGGCCGCGGUCACAUUGUCUCUUUCCAGUGUUCUGUGGGAGACAUUUUGUGUUUUCUCCAGGAUUUGCUGGAUAAAGGGAGCUUUUCUACUUUGAAAGUGUAUCUGGCGGCUAUUUCUGCAUGUCACGUCGGGUUUAAUAACGAACCUGCGGGUCGGCACCCUUUGAUUAGCCGGUUUAUGAAAGGUGCACGCCGUAUAAGGCCGGUGUCUCGGUGGUUAGUGCCUCAGUGGGACCUGUCCUUGGUUUUGGAAGCCCUUUCUCAUCACCCCUUCGAGCCGGUGGAUGGCAUAGGGCUGAAAUUUCUUUCUCUUAAGACGGUGCUGCUUGUGGCUCUAGUGACUGCUAAGCGUGUGAGCGAGCUGCAAGCCCUGUCUGUCAGUCCGUCCUGUCUACAGUUCGCCCCUGGGCUCACGAAGGUUUCCUUUCGCCCUAACCCGGCGUUCGUGCCUAAGGUGGUGGAUUCUUCUUAUAGAUGUCCCGUUACGGAACUUUCGGCUUUUCACCCACCUCAGGAGGAGGAUGGCUUGAGUUCCUUGUGCCCGGUGCGGGCCCUCCAUACGUAUGUCAAGCGAACAGCGGGUUUCAGAAAAUCGGACCAGCUGUUUGUGUCUUGGGCUACCCCUCACAAAGGGAAGCCGUUGUCGAGUCAGCGGCUGUCCCGCUGGAUUGUGGAGGCUAUAUCUAUAGCGUAUGAAUGCUGUGGUUCUCAGGCUCCCACGGGUCUGAGGCCCACUCUACUAGAGAUGGCGACAUCAUGGGCCCUGCUUAAGGGUGUCUCUGUUCAGGAUAUUUGUGCGGCGGCUGGCUGGGCCACACCGCACACCUUUGUGCGGUUUUAUAGACUAGAUGUGUCUGAGUCAUCCUUGGCACACGCAGUGCUGAGUGCCAGGCGUUCUGAGCCUAUGUGAUUGACCUGUGCAAUCCGGGAGCAGUCUAUAUCUCCCAUAGUGAAACACCGAGCGAAGUUAG